AUGGACGCGAUAAGCGGAAGCGGAGUCUGGAUACCAGACAUACCGAACGCAAGCAAGGCAGUUAGGGUGCCGGGAGACAAACACUCGAACCAGCGGGGUGAAAUCGCGGCGGUCCUUGUGGCACUACAGGCGAUGGCGCCCUUCGUGCCGAUACUCUUCAAAACAGACUCGAUGUAUGUGAUCGACGGCCUGACAACACACCUCCCAACAUGGGAGGAUAUAGGGUGGAUAGGGGUGGCGAACUCCGACCUGUUCAAGGCCACCGCGUUCCAUCUGAGACGACGUUCUGCGACAACGGACUUCGUCUGGGUGAAAGGCCACUCUGGAGAAGAAGGGAACGAGAGAGCGGACGUACUCGCGAAAGAAGGUACCAACAAAGACAGAGCUGAUACCCUAGACCUUAGUAUCCCCCCAGAAUUCGACCUUCGAGGAGCAAAACUAUCGGCGAUGACCCAAUCCCUGCUGUAUGAAGGGAUAAUGACUCACAAAGGAUUAAAAACCGUGCGCCCGGCAGCUCUAGCCCCACUAGAUAUGGCACGACACGCAAUUCAGAGGACCAAUGGAGUGAUGCUGGACGACGGAACCCUGUGGAAGUCGACAAAAUGCAAGGACCUCCGCCAGCCGGUAAGACAACUCCUAUAUCGUGCGAUGCACGGAUCCCAUAAGUUAGGGAAGUUCUGGCAGAAUGUCCCGGGCCUCACAGAACGGGAGGCAUGCGCCUACUGUGGAGAUGAGGAAUCGAUGGAGCACAUAAUGACGGAAUGCGGCAACGGCCCGAGGAAGGUCGUGUGGGACUUACUACACGACGCCUGGCCGCACCGCCGAGGAGCCCCGCCUGACAUCACACUCGGCCUCAUCCUUGGAUGCGGCGCAAUACAGAUCAAAGAGACAAACCAAGAGACAGGAAUUGACACACUCCGGACCAACCGAUCAAGACUGAUGAAAAUACUGAUAUCAGAAUCCGCGCACCUGAUAUGGACACUCCGGUGCGAAAGAACAAUACAAGACAGGACACACAGCGGAGAAACAAUACGGCGCAGAUGGGAACUAGCCAUACAAAGGCGGCUAGAAAGUGACCACACCAUGGCAUGCAGAACAGUACGCACGGCGUCGCAUGCACGGAAAGUGCAGGGAACAUGGGACGGAAUGCUCGCAAACGAGCAAGCGCUCCCGGAUGACUGGGCCAAACGCCGUGAGGUUUUAGUGGGUAUUAAGCUGCCGAGACUCCGCAGACCGGAGCCACCUUGGUAG